AUGGCGGCGCUCGGCGCGGGCCCGUGGCUGCUGCUGGCGGCCGUGCUGUGCUCGGCGGCGGCGGCCGAGCCGCGCUGCCCGUCGUGCCCGGCGGGCGCGGAGCGGCGGCUGCUGGAGGAGGUGGCCAAGAAGCAGCUGCUGGAGAAGCUGCGGCUCCGCGAUCGCCCGCGGCUCGCCCACGCCGUGCCCCGCGCCGCCGUGGCCCGCGCCCUGCGGCGGCUGCAGGCGGGAGGCGCCCGCCGGGGCCCCUCCGGGGAGGAGGAGGAGGAGGAGGAGCGGGGCUACGAGAUCAUCAGCUUCGCGGAGACGGAUCUCACAUCCCCCUCCGGUUUGGGGCUGCAGUUCCAGUUCAGCCAGGCGCAGGACCAGGACAUUCGCAUCCUGCAGGCUCAGCUGUGGCUCUACCUGCGAGUGCCCCGGCCCGGGCUCACCCUGAGCAUCUUCCUGGCCCCUGGGGCGGGGGGCAACCGCACGCUGCUGGGGGAGAGGCGGCUGAGCGCGGCGGGGAGCGGCUGGAGCUCCUUCCCCCUCCUGCCCGCCCUGCGGAGCUUCUUCGGGGGGCAGAGCCGGACGCUGCGGCUGGAGCUGGAGAGCCGCGGAGACGGGGGGGACAUCGCGGCACCGCUCAACGCCAGCUGGUCCCACCAGCCCUUCCUGGUGGCCAAGGCGAAGGUGCGGGAGCCCGAGCACCGCGUGGCCAAGCGCAGCCUCCGCUGCAGCCCCAACUCCAGCCUGUGCUGCCGCAAGGACUUUUACGUGGACUUCCGCGACAUCGGCUGGAACGACUGGAUCAUUAAGCCCGAGGGCUACCAGAUAAACUACUGCGUGGGCCAGUGCCCCCUGCACGUGGCGGGCAGCCCCGGGAUGGCCUCUUCCUUCCACACGGCCGUCUUCAACCUCGUCAAAGCCAACAACGUGCAGGCGUCGGGGCAUUCCUGCUGCGUCCCCACCCGGCGCCGCCCGCUCUCCGUCCUCUACUUCGAUCGCAACAGCAACAUAGUCAAGACUGACAUUCCCGACAUGAUUGUUGAUGCCUGUGGCUGUAGUUAGGGCUGGGGGAGCCGUGCUGGGACCCCCCCCCUUCUCCAGGACUGUCUCUCUGGUGGAGGGGGAGGGAGCUGGAGAGCUCCCGUGAGCUGGAGCCAGCCCGGGGUGCAGUGGAGCCCUUUGGAAAGGUUGGGAGGGAGGGAGAGGGUCUCACGAGAGGGAGCAGGGGUUGCCUCCAGAGAGUGCCUGGGGCGGGGGGCUUUGGGGGCACGUGGGAUGGAGCCAAGGCCAUAUGAGACUGCCCGAGCCUGGACUGUGGGUGUUGGUGACUCCGGGCAUCCCUGGAGCUGAUCUCACAUUCCUGGUGGUCCUGUCCCCCUCUGGUGUGGGGUGAGGGGGCCCUGCUUGGUUCACACUCAGUGUCCAGUGAUGGUCUGGAACUCGGCCUCCUCGGGAGCAGAGUGGGAUGUGGGAACAGGUCUCCUUCCUCCACGGGGGCAGCUGGAGGACGAGGCAGCCCCACUUGUUUCCCUACUGGAACAAACCUUCCUGCAUCCAGUUUAGGCCUUUUUCUGGGACAGGUGGAAUGGAGCACAAAUAACAGGCCUGGGAGAGGAGGGUGAAUGGUGUGAUUUCAUCAAAAACCCCAAACCAGCAAUGACUGGACAGUCCUCUGCUCCCUGGAGCUCACGGAGCUGUGAGGGCCAAACUUCCAGGUCCUGUGUGUUCCCCCUUUCCCUGGGUUUAUGUUUUCCUCCCCUGCUCCCACCCUCCAGCCAGGUCUCCUCCAGCCUGGUGCCACCCUACAGGGAGUUCUGGCUCAGACUCUGCCUUUAGGAUCACACUAAAGGUACAGAUUUGGUUUGUGCCUCCAGUUUUGCAGCUAUUCCGACUUUUUCAGUGGAGGUUCCUGCAGCCAUCGGGACUCCUGGUGCUCCAUCCUUUCUGCUGAAGCUCUUGCUCUGCCCUCACCUCCCUGAUGCACCCACAUGGCCUAUGC